CGAGGGAGGGGGAAGAAUCGGUGGGAGGGUGUUUGGAGAAUCAAGGCGGUGAUGGAGGCGUGGGAGACUUUGAAGCAGGCGGUGGAGACCUACACGGGCCUGUCGCCGGCGUCGUUCUUCACGGUACUGGCUUUGGCGGCGGCGAUAUACUAUACUGUGGCGGGGUUCUUCGAGACACAGCCAACUGCCCCGCAGGCGCACGCGCGCGAGGUGGUGGAGCGGGAGCCGCUGCGGCCCCCGGUGCAGCUUGGGGAGGUCACCGAGGAGGAGCUCCGAGCCUACGAUGGCUCCGAUCGCGAGAAGCCGCUCCUGAUGGCUAUCAAGAGUCAGAUCUACGACGUUUCGCAGAGCAGGAUGUUUUAUGGACCAGGUGGUCCGUACGCAUUGUUUGCUGGUAAGGACGCCAGUAGAGCAUUAGCAAAGAUGUCAUUUGAACCAAAGGAUUUGACUGGCGAUCUCUCUGGUCUUGGCCCCUUUGAGCUUGAAGCCCUCCAGGACUGGGAAAAUAAGUUCAUGAGCAAAUAUGUAAAAGUGGGUACGGUUAUGAAGACAGUGCCUGUUACGGUGACCGAGGGGUCAGAUGCUGGUGCUUCCAACGUUACAGAAGCUGCUGCUCCGGCCAUUGCCACCGAGAAUAAAGGCACUCCAGCAGAUGAUGUUGCAGCUGGCCUUGAUGCUUUAUCAGAGAACAAAGAAGCCAAAGAAAAUUAACGGUUCAUAAGGUGAGGGCACGAAGGAAAUUAGGAUAUGUUCCUUAUGAACAAUAUUAAAAUAAUGUUUUUGUAGCAUUAUCUUUCGUCUUAUUCUUGGAUAUUUCUAAGCAGCUAAUAUUAUUAGGUUUUUAAGUAAAGAAAGAGACCGAUAUAAUAAGAAGGAUGUGAAGUGUGGAGCCGCUUUAUGAUGCUUGUAGUUUUUAUUAGUGUGAUAAGAGAUUGUUUUUGGUUGAA